AUGUUCCCGAUCAUGGCUUCUCGAUCUCCGACAGUGGGCACUCCGCUUCUGAAAUCCUCGGUAGCACCUGAGACGCCCUUACCAGGACCACAAACAGUACCUUUCCCUUCACCCCAGACCUUUGAGAUCAUUCCGCCGUUGCAUGGGAUACUCUCUCGUUUGCUCUCCUCCAAGGAGCACCCAACUGGCUCAUCGGACGCACCUGGCGAUCCAACCGAAGCUCUGGGAGCUUCACAGACACAGACCCAACAAGCACCCGAUGGGAACAAUGGCAAUCCUACAUCCUCACAUGCUGUGCCAGAAGUAACAGUUCUUGACCCGAGCCCUCAUCCACCGCUUGAUGUGAAAAACCUUCCCACGGAAACCAGCUCUGUUAGGAUUCGAAUCCAAAAGGCUCGUACAGUCGUUGAAGCGCUACCCGAUGUGCAGCGGUCUGUCAGUGAGCAGCAAAGGGAGAUUGCAGAGCUCGAGGAACGCGUGAGACGUUUACGCUUGGUCAUCUCUGAUUUUGGAACUCGGGCAGGAACCCUACAAGAGAACAACACAAGGACUGUGGAAGUGUGA